GCAAAACGAGCUUCGACAGGCUGUCGUACCGAAAAGCCGAGCCGCCUAUUAAAAUAUCGUUUGAAAUUGAAGCGCAAAAGGCGCGAGCGAUUUGGAUAGCGGAGACACUUCCAAACGAGACAAAUGUCAGGCAUCGCGAUUGCUAGACUCGCAGAGGAACGAAAGGCAUGGAGAAAGGAUCAUCCGUUUGGCUUUGUGGCACGUCCGACGAAGAAUCCCGAUGGCACGUUAAAUCUAAUGAGUUGGGAAUGUGCAAUACCUGGGAAGAAGUCGACGGCCUGGGAAGGUGGAUUAUACAAAUUACGUAUGAUCUUUAAAGACGAUUACCCAUCCAGUCCUCCCAAAUGCAAAUUUGAACCUCCUCUCUUUCAUCCUAAUGUCUAUCCAUCCGGUACCGUUUGUCUAUCGCUGCUAGACGAAGAAAAAGAUUGGAGACCCGCGAUCACGAUCAAACAGAUCCUUCUGGGUAUCCAGGACUUGCUCAAUGAGCCCAACGUUAAAGAUCCUGCUCAAGCGGAAGCAUACACCAUUUACUGUCAAAAUCGGCUGGAGUACGAAAAGCGAGUAAGGGCACAAGCAAGAGCAAUGGCACCACAAGAAUAAGCAUCAUCUUUAGGUUGUGAAUCCAGUGUAUUCCAGCUAUACAAAGUCAAUAUUAAGUGUCACCCAGUUAAGUCGCUUAUUCUUUCUCUAUAUAUUUUUUUACCUGUAAAAUUAACGCCACAUACUGUAACAGAGUUAAUCACAACCGAUAAAUGACAGAGUAAUAUUUCUAGUUGAUUGCAUUACAAGCUUGGGGAUUUUUUGUUUCGUUGAUCAACACAUCAAAAAAGGAUGAAAUUUAUUCACUAGCUGGUUAAAGUAUUAAUUAAAACAAUAUUUUUUUUUGCAAAUUCCGUCAUAUCGAUAAGGUAAAGUAAAUGUCUUCAAAGUCGUGUCGAAAUUAGUCCGAUUUAACUUCUAUCUCGUGACUCAUGAAAUCAUCUAGUUAAGAUAUUAGUUGUACUUAUAUAUUUAAUUAUAAAUUUACGGUGAUCAUUCCCUGUUUAAUUUACUUUUUCUUUGCUACUCGAGAUACGUAUAUGUCAGGAAAAUUUGUAGGAAAAAAUUGUUAGAAUAGAUAGAAUUAGCUUAAGCUUAGUGCCUCGCUUAUCGAUCCACGACACCACCUUAUUUUCCUACGAUUGUUAAUUAUGAAAAUUUCAAUCGGUAUCCUCUAUGUUCUUUCAUUUUAAAACCUUACAACUUCUAAGUUGUACUAAUCGUUCGAUCUAUGUAAAGAGUCCCGAUCUCUCGAAUAAAUUUUGAGUAAAACAAAUGUUCGUUUUCCAGUAGAAAAUCGAGAGAUCAGAGCGAUCUGUUGGCGAUCGAACCAUCCAUUGACAAGGAUCACUGAUUAUGUAAACGAACCUUCCCAAUAAAUGGUCAGGUAUUAUUUUA